AUGGCUUUGAGAAGCAAAGUUUGUGUCAAGUUAUUUUGCACCGCUGAAGCGCAACUGCGAGGGAAACAGUUGAUCAAUAGGCCUUGCAUGGAGAGGCUGGUUAUGAGGUCUGUGGUGAGCUUUGUUGGAUAUCAUGACGGAAAUCGCUGUGGAUACUGCAAGAGCUCUGAAGCCAUUAGAGCUAGUGUCGGGAUUUGGGCUUACCAACUAAACUUCUCUGAUUAUAAUGGUCUACUAGAUAGAGGCAUGAGAAGAUCUGGGAAGUACGUUUACAAGCCAAUUAUCGAAAGGACUUGUUGUCCGCAAUAUUCUAUCAGGUGCGUAUCGAAAAUUAAGUUUGAUUUGUAUGAGGAUUAUGAACUGGAUACUGGAGUUGCCCUACUCCAAAACCAUUUUAGGCUUGAUGUGGAGAAAUUUUAUUUGUCGAAGUCACAAAAAAAGGUUUUACGGCAAAUGAAUGAGUUCCUAAUGUUUGACAAAAGGCCGAAGUUGGUGGUAGAGGAAGCAGCACUUAGAAGCGAAAAAGUACCAGUAAUGUGGAAUAAAGAAGUAUCUUUGGAUAAGCUGAUGGCAGGGAAAGAGGGAAAUGAGUUACCAAGCUCAUCUAAACGGAAUCUCGUUCACGGGUCAGGAGACCUUAUUUCUUCACCAAAUGCAAGGAGAUGUGGAUUGAAAAAGAAAUUUUUACGUAGAGAAAAAGCCUUUGAAAGGAUGCGUAAGAAAGGAAUUGAUGUUGAGGAGGCAAAAGUAGAAGGCGCUAGACGCAAAACUGUAGAGUCAUAUAUCAGUCAAUAUGAUUCUCGCACUGCUGUUCACAAGCUGGAAAUAAAUUUGCUGCCGUUAGGAUCUGAUAGUUAUCGAGCUACUGAAAACGAAAGUUAUAGACUUUUUAAAAAAUAUCAGGAAACAGUCCAUAAUGAUUAUGAAUCUUCAAAAGAAGGAUAUGAUCAGUUUGUGGGGUGUACGCCAUUAGAACAGUGUGAUGGUUUAUUUGGGACGUACCACCAGCACUACCGGGUAGACGGAAAGUUAAUUGCAGUGGGGGUCAUUGACAUCCUCCCUCGUUGCCUUUCCUCUAAAUAUUUCUAUUAUGAUCCGGACUACAGUUUUUUAAGCAUGGGGACAUAUUCUGCUUUGAGGGAAAUUGCUUACACCAGAGAGUUGUCAAAGAAAGUACCGGAGUUGCAUUAUUAUUAUAUGGGGUAUUAUAUCGAGUCUUGUCCAAAAAUGCGCUACAAAAGUCGUUUCCGACCUUCUGACCUUUUAUGUGAUACGAGCUUUACAUGGGUUCCUUUUGAAGAGUGUAGGGACGAACUGCGGAAACACGAAAGAGUAUUGGCGUUUGCAAAAAACGUGCCUCCCCCAACUCCUAUCCCACUUGGCUCUGUGUUAUGCAUGUAUAAAAGAACGGUGAUGACUUACUCGCAGCUGUUAAAGCGCCCUGGUUUCAUCGAGACGUGUGAUUAUAUGGAGGAGUAUGCAAAGCUUUUGGGGCCUUUAGCGCAAGAAAUCAUACUCCUUCGGACUUUCUGA